AUGAAAGACAUGGACGUUUUUAACGGUGCCUCCGAGGAGCCAACACCCAACCCGGGGAUGAGCGCACUCCUGCCGGGCGCGCCUCCUCACUUCUCCUCCUACAACCCGGAGUUCGACCUAAUUGAAGAAAUAAUCAAGGAGCACAUUGUGCUUCCCGGACCUCCUCCUCCUCCUCCUGACCUGUUUGGUCCAGCGCCCAUCAGACAGAACCGCAGGACGGUCCAACAGAACCCUCCAUCGACCUCUAACCCUGUGCUGGUGCCAAGAGGCGCUGCUUGUAAACCCAACUUCCUGUCACCGCAGCAGACAGUGGGUUCCUCCAAAGAAAUGUCGUCGAUCCAUCCGGCCCACGUCGGCUCUUCUGCCCGAGGUCGAGGCGCUUCCUGCCUGCUGGCCCCAGAAGCUCCGGUCUCCACUCAGAGCCAAGGCGACACGGAGAUGCUGGAGAAGUUUCUGGAAAAACCCAAGCUGGUGGUGGUGGAGGAGCCCAAGGACAGGGGCAUGAGGUUUCGGUACCAGUGUGAAGGCCGCUCGGCCGGCAGCAUCAUGGGGGCGUCCAGCACAGACAGCAACAAGACUCAGCCCACGAUAGAGAUUCAUGGUCCCAUUGACCGCCUAAAGAAGGUCAUCGUCACCGUUUCCUUGGUAACCAAAGACCUCCCACACCGGCCUCACCCCCACUGCCUUGUGGGUAAAGAUUGCCCCGUUGAUUCUGGCAUCUGUGUGGUUUCAUUCAACCCUCAUACAAACCGGCGUCACAGCUUUGCCAACCUUGGCAUUCAGUGUGUGAGGAGGAAAGAGCUGGACGUCUCGCUUCAGAAGAGAAGAAGCCAAAGUAUAGACCCAUUUCACACUGGUUUCACUAAGGGCAUCGAAGACAUCGACAUGAACUCGGUGCGUCUGUGUUUUCAGUGCGAGCUCGAGUGGGAAGAUGGCAGGAACGACUCUCUGAGCCCGGUCGUCUCCAAACCCAUUUAUGACAAAAAGGCCACGACAACAUCGGAGCUGAAGAUCUGCAACUUGAACUUGUCCCGAGGGUCCUGCAGGGGCAAGACUGAGGUCUACAUGCUCUGUGACAAAGUGCAAAAAGAUGACAUCGAGAUCCUGUUCAGGCGAGGGAUGUGGAAAGCAAACGGGGAGUUUGCCCAGACGGACGUUCAUCGACAGAUAGCCAUCGUGUUCAAAACGCCGCCCUACCAGGACCAGGACAUCACAGAGGAGGUGGAGGUCAUGGUCGUCCUGCGUCGCGUCUCAGACCAGAUGGAGAGCGAGCCAGUCCCCUUUACGUUCCUGCCACACAACCAGGAUCCGUACGAGGUGAAGCGAAAAAGAGCCACAAUAAAGAGAGACAGCAGCACCUCGGACAAAUCCUGCGUAACAGAGACCACGCCUCCACUGGAUCAGAGCAGCCGUUUCUUCCCGACUCCAAACGUCACGUCACCAGGUGAGAACCAGCACCCCGUCCAGAUGGAGAUGGACAAGUACCCCCAGGACUCCAGCGCUUUAGACGAGCUCCUCAUCAAUCAGUUGUUGGAGAUCCCUGAAUUUUUAAACGCUCUGUCCGACCCAAACUUACCCUGCAACCUGGGUCUGGACACAAACGCCACCUUUGCCAGCAUGGACUUGAACUACAACGCAAACUUCGGCCCGUACCCACAGGACUUUUCCCAAUUUAACGACAUCCAGUUUAACAUGCUGGUCAACGAGAACCAGAAUCCACAAGCGGAACCGCAGGACGGCGUGUUGCAGGUGAAGACGGAGGACGAGCUAUGA